AUGUGGUUUGGUGGGGCGCUGCAGAUGAUGGCGGCAUUUUUAUUAUUGGCGUUUGUUCAUUACUUCGCCGCCGCAUUUCUUCCCAUUGCGGAUUGUGAUGAGACCUACAACUUCAUUGAACCCAUUCACCAGUUAUUGUACGGUACUGGAUUGCAGACAUGGGAGAAUUGCCCAAUCUAUGCAUUGCGUUCAUGGCUCUUUGCGUGGAUUUACGCAGCCCCUGCGUUUCUUGUCAAAUCCAUGCCGAGUCUACGUAGUGUGGAUGUGUACUUUUUUAUUCGUAUCUUUCAUGGUCGAGUGGCGUGUUUGGGUGAGUUAUUCUUUGUCUACAGUGUGUGGGUGCGAUUCUCUGGUAGAACCGCAUUGAUUGCCCUUUUGUUAUUACUAUUGAAUUAUCCCAUUCCACACGCCGCGGUGAGUGCCUUACCAACGAGUUUUGUGAUGAUUAAUAACUUCAUAGCCCUUGGUUGUUGGUUACGUACAGAGAGAAGCCAUUCUAAUGAGAAGUGUGAGGAUCAUUUUAGUUCUUCUUCUUUUCGUAAACACUUGCCUGUGUUUGGAACAGUCUUCUUUGUUGUUUUUUCUUGUAUUCUUGGUUGGCCCUUUGCUGGUUUGGCGGCAUUUCCAAUGGCAAUAGAUCUUCUUAUUCGGCACCCAAUCGUCUCUGUGUUUUCUCUUAUUAUUUCUCUCUUGUUGAUUAUACCCCCAGCGGCGGCGGUGGAUAUGUUUUAUUAUUGCCGCCCAACGUGGAGUGCGUGGAAUCUCGUGCGGUAUAAUCUUCUCAGUGGAGAUGAGCGCGGGCCGGAGUUAUACGGCAUUGAGCCAUGGUAUUAUUUUAUUAAGAAUUUAUUAUUAAAUGCACAUUUUAUGUUUCUCGCUGGUGUGAUCGCCCCACUGGUGAUACUUGGGCAAUCCACUAUACAAUCACAAACACUCGGAAUAAGAACAAGAACAACAAGAAAUACUAUUAAUACAAAUAAAACAACAACAAAAGAAGAAGAAGAAGAAGAAGAAGAAAAAGAAAAAGAAGAAGAAAGAGGAAGAGGAAGAGGAGGUAAUAGUAUGGGAAAGAACAAUCAAGAUACAUCCAUUUCUUUACGAAAGCGAACUCCAUUUGUGUCAUCGCCUAUUAAUAUACGAGUUCCAUCUGUGGUGCCUAUUUCACCCUUUUCAAGUUCAGCCCAAUCUACACAAGAACAACAACAACAACAACAACAACAACAACUGCAGAGCCGGCCAGUGUCAAAGAGUCGAAUGUUACUUUACAUUUCUCCUUUUUUUCUUUGGUUCACUUUUUGGUUAACAGUUCCACACAAGGAGGAACGAUUUAUGGCCCCUGUAUUCCCUUUUCUUGUUCUUGCCGCUGCACUCUCCAUCACUCAACUAUUCUUCUCCAGUGGAUCAACUCCCAUUGUGGAAACAACAACAACAACAACUGGAAAUACGGAUAUGAGUACUUCAUCCACGAAGAAGACAUCUGAUCGAAACAAUUGGGCGAAAACUAAAUCAUCACAUUCUAGAUAUAUUUCCUCUUCACGUUUCUCACGGCUUCUUCCUGCUGUAGGAUGGAUAUUAUUGUUACUAUUUGGUAUAGUUUCCUUUUCUCGUGGUAUGGCGGUAUAUCAUUUCUAUGCAGGACCCCAACGAAUCUUAUAUGAUAGUUAUUCUCUUUUACAAGAUGCGGCCGCACAGCACGUGCAAUCACACACAAUAAACCAAAAUAAUAAUAAUAAUAAUAAUAAUAAUAAUAACACCACAAUAGAAUCUCAACUUUAUACACUUUGUAUAGGCCGAGAAUGGUAUCGUUUUCCAUCCUCUUUCUUCCUGGAUCAACGAUACGCACGAGUGGCGUUUAUAAAAACGACGACUUUCAGUGGGGCGUUGCCGCUGCCGUACGCACGCGAUGACAACACCGCCACUUGUCGCUGCGGCUCUCCAGAAGUGAAUGAUCGCAAUCGUGAAAUCGCAGCGCAGUACGUUGGAGAUGUGAGUGCCGAGUGUGAUGCGAUUCUAGAUAGCCAUAGUCCUUUUAACCCGCAGGAGUCACGUGAUUACCCAUCGGAUGUGUUUAUACACAAAUUCUCCACAUUGCCAUCAUCACAGUUGUUGCUAUUAGAUGUGGAUCGCACUCCCAUGUGGUGUAGAGUACUUUACUAUCCAUUUGGUAUAACGGAGCGGUGUGCUGUGUGGAGGGAAGUAGAUCUUGUUACCAAACACCCACUUCCAACUACUACUACUACUACUACUGCUGCUGCUGAGGGGAUCUCAAAGUAA